GAUCUUAUGUCGCCACCUCAGUCCUCUUCUUUAUAAACCUCCUCAACUACAUGGAUCGUUACCUUAUAGCAGGUGUGUUGAAGGAUAUACAGAAAUACUUUGACAUUAAUGACAGUUCUUCCGGCUUGUUACAGACAGUUUUUAUCUUCAGCUACAUGUUGUUGGCUCCGCUAUUUGGUUACCUGGGUGAUCGCUACAACAGGAAGUUGCUGAUGUGUGUGGGAAUCUUGCUGUGGUGUAUCGUGACUCUGGCAAGCUCCUUCAUCACCCAGAAUUAUUUCUGGCUGCUGUUGCUGACCAGGGCAAUAGUUGGCAUCGGGGAGGCCAGUUACUCCACCAUCGCUCCCACCAUCAUCGGGGACUUCUUCGUGGGUACGAAGAGGACAUGGAUGCUCUCGAUAUUCUACAUCGCAAUCCCAGUGGGAAGUGGCCUGGGUUAUAUCAUGGCCUCGAGUGUCAACCAGCUGGCAGGAGAUUGGCACUGGGCGCUCAGGGUGACUCCGUGUCUGGGAUCUGUGGCUCUGGUCAUGCUCAUCUUCCUGGUACCCAACCCGACCCGCGGAGCCUCCGAGUGUCCCCAGCCCACGCCGGCGGAGAAGAGCUCCUUCAAAGAGGACCUAAAGUAUCUGCUUCACAAUUGUAGUUUUAUCUGGUCGUCCAUGGGAACCACGGCUGUGUCCUUUGUGACGGGAGCUCUGGCUUUCUGGACCCCUGUGUACCUGAGUCGGGCUCAACUAGCCCAGGGUCAGCAAGGCGGAGUGGAGUACAGCGACACCAACAGCCUGAUAUUCGGAGGGCUGACCUGUGUGACCGGGGUGUUGGGGGUUGUGAUCGGGGCAGAGGCCUCCCGGCGGUUAAAGAGCUGGAAUCCUCGCAUCGACCCCCUGAUCUGUGCCUUCGGGAUGUUCAGCUCUUCCUCCUGCCUGUACCUCGCCAUCGUGCUGGCCAAGAUCAGCAGGCCCACCACAUUCAUUUUCAUCUUCUUCGCCGAGACUUUUAUGGCCCUGAACUAUGCGAUCGUAGCGGACAUUCUGUUGUAUGUGGUAGUUCCCACUCGCCGCUCCAUGGCUGAGGCCAUACAGAUCACUAUCUGCCACGCUCUGGGGGACGCUGGCAGCCCUUACCUCAUCGGCAUAGUUUCCGAUCACAUCCAAAGACAUAGCCUGAAGUCGACCUAUUGGGAUUUUGUGAGCCUGGAGUACGCGUUCCUGAUCUGCCCCUUUGUGGGGAUCCUGGGAGGAGCAUUUUUCCUUAUGAACGCCCGUCACAUCGAGGCCGACCGCCAGCGCGCAGCACAGCACAUCCAAGACUGUUUCAAACCGUCGGAAGGAGUUUAUUCCACCGAUGUCUCCCCAAACAACGCCUUGGCCUGAAAACACCCCAAGCUGACAGCGGGCAGGCAGGCGAGUGGGGCACGAGUGGACGAAGUGGGAGAGAGAGAGAGAGAGAGAGAGCCUCUGCAAAUGGCCAGGGUUUUCAAACACCCAAAUGGUCCAGCUUUAGGAAGAGCUUCAGACUGUGAAGCCCCUGGAGAUGGCUCAUUCCCGGAAAAACAGGUCCCAACUGCGCACCAGCCCAGAAUCCAGACUUUUAAUUAUUUAUAACAUAACAUGU